AUGGAAGGACAGGGUAGAGGAUGUACUGAACAGAAUACUUCAUAUUCACAACAUUCCGGACACAAAUAUAAUCAUGCCGAGAAAAAUGAAUUCGUAGGGAUAACUAUAAGUGAUGAUUUCUCGCAAAAACAAUUGUCUUCCAUGCCGAUGAUGGCAACCUCAUCCUCGCCUUCACAUUCACAAUUAAAUGUACAAAAUCAAUCAUUUUCAUCACAGAAUAUUUCACAUCGUCAGGAGGUUCUUGAUGGACAUGGCAGAAGACGUUCAGUUAAUUAUAUUCCAAACACUCCAUCGAGUCAUUAUUCCCAAAAUCAAAAUAUAUCGCAUCACCAACGUUCAUUGUCCGGAACAAAUCAAACUCAACCUACACCUCCGAUACAAAAUGUAUAUCAGACUAUAUAUUCUAAUUCGCAAUCUUCUCCAAAUUCUCAUCCCACAAUGUCCAAUUCUGUCAAUUCUGUUGUUUCUUCAUCCCCUAACAAAUCGUCACAACAUUCCUCGUCGACGACGCGUGAUCAUGUCUCAAAACCAGAUUUUCGUGGAUCCGCUUUUCAACGUAUCCGAUCAAAAUCUGAUUUGGCAUAUCGCAAUCCAGAUUCCGGGAAUGAAGCAGUCAGUCCAUUAAAAUCAUUGACUGUGUUCCUUACUUCAACAUAUAAUAAUGUUAACUCCGAAUUUCGAUAUGAAUUGUCAUAUAAUCCUCGUCGAGUUUUGACAAAACCUUCAAAAGGUACAAAAAAUGAUGGAUAUGACAACGAGGACAGUGAUUAUAUUUUAUAUGUUAACGAUAUAUUAGGGAGUGAGGAGGGACAAAAAUACCUCAUAUUAGAUAUUUUGGGACAAGGGACAUUUGGACAAGUUGUAAAAUGUCUAAACCUGAAAACAAAAAAAACUGUGGCCGUCAAAAUUGUUAAAAAUAAACCUGCAUAUUUUAAUCAGAGUAUGAUGGAAGUGACAAUUUUGGAGUUGCUAAAUCAAACAUGGGAUAACCAAGAUCAACAUCAUAUAUUAAGGCUAUUAGACACAUUUAUUCAUCGUCGGCACCUUUGCUUGGUAUUCGAGCUUCUAUCGGUUAAUCUCUACGAAUUGAUAAAGCAAAAUCAAUUCCGUGGGCUUAGCACGAACCUCGUUAGAGUGUUUACUGCUCAAUUACUGGAUUCGUUGACAGUUUUGAAUGAAGCACGUAUAAUUCAUUGUGAUUUGAAACCUGAAAAUGUAUUGUUGAAAAAUUUGGAGUCUCCAACAAUCAAAGUAAUAGAUUUUGGGUCCGCGUGUCAUGAACGUCAAACCGUAUACACAUAUAUUCAAUCUAGAUUUUACCGUAGUCCGGAAGUAUUAUUGGGGUAUUCAUCUUCUAUAGACAUGUGGUCACUAGGCUGCAUAGCUGUAGAAUUAUUUCUUGGAUUGCCGUUGUUUCCAGGAAGUUCGGAAUAUAAUCAAAUAUCUAGAAUUGUAGAAAUAUUAGGUGUUCCUCCAUUAUAUAUGAUAGAAGUUGGAAAAACAGCACAUGAAUAUUUCGAUCGUUAUAUUAAUGAUCAUGGACAAAAAAAGUAUCGUUUGAAAUCAAUGGAACAAUACAUGAGAGAAAAUAAUUGUGUUGAACAACCUUCUAAGAGAUAUUUCUCAGCUUCAACACUUCCAGAGAUUAUAAAAUCUUAUCCAAUUAUGCGAAAGGGAGUGACUCAGAAAGACAUAGAUAAAGAAAUGCAAAAUCGGCUGGCAUUCAUCGAUUUUGUACAAGGAUUAUUGAAUCUCAAUCCAAUUGAAAGAUGGUCACCACAACAAGCAAAAUUACAUCCAUUCAUAACAGGGGAAAAGUUCACUGGAAAAUUUGUUCCUCCAAUGCUACUUAAAAGUAAAACUAGUAUUCCUCCAUCUUCAACUUCUCAAUCAUCAUCACUUAUAUCUCGAAUGCCUUCACCUUCACAAUAUAAACCAAAAACGAAUACUUCACCGCAAGCUCAACACAAAAAUUUGACUGCUCAUGAAAUGCCUUCAGUGAAAGUAACGUCCCAUGGAACUAAUCAUUCAGAAUCUGUAAACACACAAAGGUUACAAAUGCAACAAAAAUCUAAUAAAAUAUCUUCUUUAACACCUAAAUCAAGUAUGGCCUCUUUGAGACCUCGAGCUAGUACAAUUGGGAAUAUUCAGGUUCCACCACAAAUUCAAAGAGUUGCAGCACUUGUUUCUCCAGGUAAUCUUGGCUCAUCACCAGGAGAAUAUUCCAGAAUAACGAGGGAAAAAGAUCCAAAACGAUUGCCACAACCACCUUAUCCACAUUUGCAAUUAUUACAAGACCAAAAUCAACAACUAGAUGCCACUCAAUUCUCUGUUAUAGUUGAAGGGGAAGAUAGACGUGCAACUGAUCCAUUUUCAAAUAUCAAAUCCAAUACAAAUGAAGUAGUUGGAAUUCAAAUAGGAGAUGAUUGGAAUGAUAAAGAAGGAAGACGUCAAAAAGAAGGAAAUUCACAUAAAGAUGAACGACACCAGAGUGUAACAUCAAAUUCACCUGUUGAUAUACAUAAUAAUGGUAACAAUGAAAAAAGAUUAAGAACCGGAGUAAAGAUGCCUGGAGGUAUGCCAAAUGGUAUUUCAAUAAAUCCCGCUGUCGUUAGUAGUGGUUUAGAUGAUAGUGUUGUAAGUUCAUCUGGACCUACCUUACAUUUGACACAGCAAUAUCAUAAAAAAUCACUUCAGCAAAUACAAAUUGAACAGCAGAUUUCUGUCAAUGUUAUGUCUCCCGUUAUAAAUCAAACACAGUCUCGUAUUACUAAUUAUCGUUCAUCACCAUCAUAUGAUUUACCGACCUCAUUUUUCCGAAAUUCUCCUGGUCAAUAUUCAACUCCCAGUUCAUCGCCUUACAUUGGUCAAACCAAUCAAUCUCAAGGGUCUCAACAACAGCAACAUCAACUAGCUUUACCACCACCUGUAGCUCAAAUGCAUCAAUCUACUGCAUAUUAUCAGAAUACGGCAUCGAGUUAUGAAAAAUAUUACGGUCAUUUACAACCACAUCGACAACAUUCUCAGAAUCGCAUUUCCCCUUCUACUUCUCCUUCAUACCCGCCAACCUCUUCACCAUCUAUUUAUGGUACCCCUCCGUCAUCACUAAAUAAUUUAUCACCACAAUCCUCAUAUUUUCAAGCAUUGAAUUAUAAUCGAACUUCACCUUCACAAACGGGAUCAUCCGUGCCUCAGCAAUCAACCGUUUCAAAUAAGUUGGUGAAUAAUGAUUCGCAUCAUCACCUUAAUAAUAACAACCACGAAACUAAAUACAAUAAUAGGAGGGAAAUAAACCCAAUGCCUUAUCAAAUGGCAUGA